GCGAUGCAAUCAGCUCUUUCUCCAUUGGAGUGGGCGAAUAGCCUCUGGGGCCUGGCGAACGCUGGGAUCAAUGAGCCCACGUUCUUCGAGAUGGCGAAGGCGCAGCUCAGCCAUCCAGGAGCCCUGGAAUCCUUGGCAGCGCAGAACUCUUCAGGUGCGUUGCUGGCGAAUGUUGCGUGGGCCUUCGCCUAUGCCGCAGCGCUUUUGGGAAGGCAGGAGAACGACGACGAGUUUCUUCAGUCGAUUCGAUUCGCCAUGCGAAGGCUGGGCGCUGAAAUGGGGCGGCGCUCGGCAGUGAAGGCACAGAGCUCCAUGCUGCCAGACUCUGGUGGCGAAGCGCCACGACUGGAGCACCAUUCCGGAGGAGUGGCUGUGAUCUACAAGCCUCCAGGGUGGGAGGUGGACGGCAGUGAGACGCGCCAGACUUCGAAAGCCAUGAGGCUUUCCGAUUUUGUGGCAGCCUCGCUGGCCUCCGAAACCGUGGGCAGUCGGGACCAUGGAUUCGGAGGGCGCUUGGAUGUGGCCUCAUCGGGAUUGGUGCUUCAUGCAGCGACUCAUCAGGCUUUGAUGGACCUCCGCUGGCAGCAGGAUACCCUUCGUGUUGAGCGGGAGUACCUGGCUCUCGUGCAUGGGUUCGUGGAGACCGGCCUCCGAUGCUUGGACGAUCGCCUGUCAGAAACUGAAGGCGGCAGCUCCGUGACCCAGAACGGCAGGCUGAGUCGAAGCUGGGCGCUUCCGAUUGGCCACAUUGCUGCUUCCUCGCCGUACACACUGCUGGCCGUGUCCAUUCUCACCGGACGCCGGCAUCAGAUUCGUGUGCAGCUUUCGAGCCGCGGCCAUCCAGUCGUUUGUGACGGGCGCUACGGUGCAGCAUCCUUGAGCCAAGAUUCCGCAUGGUGCUCAAGGCUGUUUCUGCACCGCAGCCGCCUGCGAUGCAUGGAUCUCAAUUCUAAGGAGCUGGAUGUCCAGGCGCCGCUGCCGGCGGAUCUCCUUGCAAGCCUGGAGCUUCUCGGAUCCCGGGCGCCUGAGCUGCUUCGGGACGUCGACCGCUGCCUAGGAGAGUUGAGGCUUCGGGUGCGCGAGGAGCGGCAAAAAGUCGCCCAACGCCGGCUUGGAAAGGGUGUCCAUGCCUGUAUCUCACUCUGGGUGUGA